AUGGGGAAGGAGGGAUAUGCUGAAGAAUGGGCCUGUUCUUCCCUGGACACAAGUGGAAUGGAGGAGGAGCAGACGAACCACAACAACCCAGCCAUGAAUAGCUGUCAAAGCUCAGAGACUGAGACAUCUGUGGACAAGUCUACACUCGACAGGAUGUUACCUGGGUGGUUUUUAAUUCUUGGGACUCUAUUUGCUCAGGUAGCCCAAAGUUUGGGUGCAAAUCACCGCUACGUUAAUCGGAACUGCUACACCUGCUUCAGCGGAUACAAUGGAUAUCACUCAGAUGUCAAUGAGUGCCAAGUCCACAAUGGAGGCUGCCAGCACAGAUGUGUGAACACCAGAGGAUCUUACUACUGCGAGUGUAAUCCAGGCUUCCGCCUGCAUAUCGAUGGUCGUACUUGCAUCGCUGUGCUCUCCUGUGGCAUCAAUAACGGAGGCUGUGAGCACCAGUGUGUCCAGCUCUCUUCAGCCCAAUUCCAGUGCCGCUGCAGACACAACUACGAUCUUACAGCUGAUGGCAAACACUGCAAAUUGAGAAACCCAUGUGCAAAAAGGAAUGGUGGCUGCAUGCACACAUGUCAUAGUGUGGGCAGUAUUGCCCAGUGCUCCUGCCACAGAGGCUACACACUGGCGCGGGAUCACAAGAGCUGUGAAGACAUUGAUGAAUGUCAAACCGGGCAGGCUACUUGUGCUCAUGAUUGCCAAAACAGCCCUGGUUCUUUCUCCUGCAUCUGUAACCCUGGAUUUGAACUAGGCACUGAUGGCCUUAAGUGCUACCGAAUUGAAAUAGAGAUAGUGAACAGCUGUGAGUCUGGGAACGGAGGCUGUGCACAUCACUGCCAGCAUGGCAGACUGGGACCUGUUUGCAGCUGUAACCGUGGGUACCAACUUGAUGAAGACCUUAAGACUUGUUUAGACGUGGAAGAGUGUGCGGAGGGGAGUGCAUGCUGUGAACAGGACUGCACCAACUAUCCCGGUGGAUACGAAUGUUACUGCAGGGCAGGAUACAGACUAAAUGCAGAUGGUUGUGGAUGUGAUGAUGUAGAUGAGUGUAUGUCUGAUAAUGGAGGAUGUGAUCAUACAUGCCAGAAUACAGCUGGGUCUUACCAGUGCUUCUGCCAUCUGGGACACCGCCUGGCUGAGGACAAACACUAUUGCAUUCCUCUAGAUAAAGCAGUAGAAGCACUGUCAGUUAAAACCCUAUCCCAUCGCAUUGUGGUCGAGAGGCCGUUUUCAGAGUUAACUCUGAUGCAGGACUAUCCGCAGCCUUUGGAACGUUAUGAUGAUUAUGAAGAAGGCAGCUUUGGAGAACUGCGAGCCGAGAGUACCAUCACACAUACGUUUGUGUGUCUGAGCAAGACAUUUGGUCACGACUGCAGUCUGACAUGCGAGGACUGUUCUAAUGGUGGAGUUUGUAACGAAGAGAAUAACGGAUGUGACUGCCCUGAUGGUUGGACUGGCAUCAUCUGCAAUAAAACUUGUCCUGAAGGCACCUUUGGCAGGAACUGCUCUUUUACCUGUAAAUGUAAGAAUGGCGGCACCUGUAAUGCAGUAAGUGGAUCCUGCCAGUGCCCACCAGGAAUCAGUGGAGACAUGUGCCAGAAUGGCUGUCCUAGGGGGUUUUAUGGCAAACUUUGCAAUAAGAGAUGCAAUUGUGCAAAUAAUGGCCGAUGCCAUCGCACAUAUGGUGCCUGUCUGUGUGAGCCAGGCCUUUAUGGGAGAUUCUGCCACCUCACAUGUCCUAAAUGGUCAUAUGGACCUGGAUGUUCAGCUGAGUGUCAGUGUGUGCACCAGAACACUCACGAGUGCAGCCGACAGCAUGGAACCUGUGUUUGUAAACCUGGUUACCAGGGCAUGACCUGCAGUCAGGAAUGUGACAGUGGUUCUUAUGGCUUUGGAUGCAAAGCAAAAUGCCAGUGUCCAACUGAAGUACCCUGCCAUCAUGUUACUGGAGAGUGCCAACAUCAGUGCCCAGCAGGGUGGCAAGGCGAGAACUGUGACCAAGAAUGUCCAGGAGGGAAGUUUGGUCCUGGCUGCUCCAAGUCCUGUGAUUGUAAUGGAGCACAGUGUGACUCGGUCACAGGGCAGUGCCACUGUCCAGCUGGCAGAAUGGGAAAAGACUGCAGUGAAAAGUGUGAGAAGGGCUACUGGGGUUUGGCUUGUACGAAGUCAUGUCCUGCCUGUGAAAAUGGUGGGGAGUGUAACAAGCAGAACGGAACCUGUAUGUGUCAGCCAGGAUACAUGGGAAACCUCUGCCAGACUGUCUGCUCAGACGGCUGGUUCGGUAUUGGAUGCCGUUCACGGUGCGCUUGUGAGAACGGAGGCCGCUGUCGUCCUGUCUCAGGCCUGUGCUUGUGUAAGGAUGGAUGGACUGGAACCAGAUGUGAGAAAGUGUGUGAACCAGGGCGCUGGGGACCCAACUGUGUCAAUGAGUGUAACUGUGCAAACAGUUUGGGAAGCUGCGACGUAGUGACCGGACACUGCCACUGUGAUGCGGGCUAUACUGGGACCCACUGUGAGCAAAAGUGCCCAGAGGGUUCAUUUGGCCCAGGCUGCCAGAACCAAUGCCAGUGUGAGAAUAGUGCGGCGUGUGAUGCUGUGGGUGGAGCCUGCACGUGCUUGCCUGGAUGGACAGGAACAUACUGUGAGAAAACCUGUCCUCAUGGAUUCUUUGGUCUGGAGUGCCAGCAGAAGUGUGACUGCCUCAAUGGCGGUCAGUGUCACCAUGUAACUGGAGUGUGUCUGUGUCCAGCAGGCUGGUUCGGUCCCCAGUGCACCUCCAAGUGUCCGGAUGGCACCUAUGGCCCAGGCUGUAAUCAGAGCUGCAACUGCCACAAUAAUGCCAGCUGUGAUCAUGUUAAUGGACACUGCCAUUGUGAGCCAGGCUGGACUGGCCCAGAAUGUAAAGAAGAAUGCAUACCUGGCUUCUACGGGGUGGACUGCCUCCAGCAAUGCCUGUGCCAGAACGGUGGUCUUUGUGACAGAACUAAUGGGCACUGCGCUUGUACCAGCGGAUGGACUGGGAUUGCAUGUGAACUGGAGUGUGCCCCAGGUACAUAUGGCGUUAACUGCCAGCACAUGUGUGAAUGUAAAAACGAUGGCUUGUGUGACCGUCAGGAUGGGACAUGCUCGUGUCCAGCAGGUUGGCUGGGCCAGCAUUGUGAGACAGCCUGCAUGGCAGGAUAUUUUGGUCACGGCUGUGAGCAACAAUGCCAGUGUGAACAAGGAGCUCUCUGUGACCACAUCACUGGGGCUUGUCUGUGCCCACCUGGCUGGAGAGGACGCCGUUGUGAAAAAACAUGCUUACCAGGAUCUUAUGGGAUGGGAUGUUCUCAGCACUGUCUCUGUCCCCAUGGCACCUCCUGUAAUCAUGUAACAGGGGAAUGUGGCUGCCCGCCUGGCUUCACUGGCAUGAGCUGUGAGAAGACCUGUCAUUCUGGUACAUAUGGACUAAAUUGCAACCAGGUGUGCCAGUGUUCAGAAGCAAAUCAUCUGUGCCAUCCUGUUACUGGAAUGUGCUACUGUGCACCGGGUUACCACGGUGAAAAGUGUGAUAUAGAGUGUGAGGAAGGUCAUUAUGGGCCUGAGUGUGAGCGUAAAUGCCAGUGCCUGAACGACGGUGUGUGCCAACCUACCACCGGAUCUUGUGACUGUCCUCCAGGAUUCAUUGGACCACACUGCGAUAUCACAUGCCCAGCUGGGUGGUACGGACAGGACUGUGAGCAGGUGGCUGUGUGUGGGGAGGGAGCCAGAAAUGAUCCAGUCACAGGACGCUGCGUGUGCAAAACUGGUGAACGAGGAGUGGACUGUGGAAAAGGCUGUGCUCAUGGCUGGUUUGGGAAUGACUGUGACCAGCGCUGUAACUGCAGUAAUGGUGGUGUGUGUGAUCCUGUAACAGGAAACUGUACCUGUGGACUGGGCUGGACUGGAGACACUUGUGAUACUGAGUGUCCCCGAGGUUGGUACGGUGCUAACUGUCAUCAGCAGUGCGACUGCAAGAACAAUGCCACAUGCGACCAUGUGACAGGAGAGUGCCACUGCGCGUCAGGAUUCUAUGGCCAUCUCUGUCAGCAUGCUUGCCCUGCUGGAUUGUACGGUCAGCACUGCCAGUUUCUUUGUGACUGCCAUGGAAAGGCUCAGUGUGAGCCUGGGACGGGGCGCUGUAUCUGUCCUCCGGGAUAUCAGGGGGAUCGCUGUGAGAGAGUGUGUGAACAGGGCAGGUUCGGGUCUGGCUGUUCUGAAUUGUGUGACUGUGAUGAAGAGACACCAUGUGACCCUGUGACCGGCAAGUGCCUGUGUGGACCAGGGAGGAUGGGAACCCGCUGUGAUAUAAGCUGUGCAGUGAAUCGCUAUGGGCCGGAGUGUUCAGAAAGCUGCGAGUGUGGAAACAGAGCACAGUGCAAUCCACGAAAUGGACAGUGCACCUGUCUAAAUGGCUGGAUAGGACCAAACUGUCUAGAAGACAGCAUAAUCACAUCUACUCAUCAACAUCACAGAAGCAAAAGGAAGAAUGAGACACAACUAAGUCCUCCAGAAUAACAACAACACUUCCUUUUUUUUUUUUAUACAAAUGUAGGCUUACAGCAAGCCAAACAGUUGCACUACAGAACUGUCUUUGGGACAGAAAGUGUAAUAUUUUCAUUCACUUCCUGAGCAAACUUGAUUUUUCUUGAUUUUCUAUUAUUUUUUAAAUAUAUACUGUAUAUUUACCAAAAAUGCAUACAUGUGAGCAUAGUAAGUCUCGCUGAGAAGUGUCUAACUUUGACUAAUUUUAACAGUACAUACGGGGACACUUUUGUCUUUGAAUUUUGGACUGUAAUUAAGAAAGUGUAAAGCUGUUAAAAGAUUUUCAAAAUGAUUUCCACCAGAUGUUGCUUGUAAUGACUGCUACAACUCAGGCAGUUUUCAUUGUUCCUGUCAGACCUGUACAGGGUGUCAAGGGGGCACAGAGGGUAGACGUGUUCUUGGAACCUGGGCUCAAUCCUUGCCUCCCGUCACUGUCUAUGAAGAGUUUCACUCGUUCUUGUAUGUUUUGUAUAUUUCAGGUACAUUUAUGAGUGUAUUUCUGAUUUGCCCCACCACGAUCAUGACCUGAAUUUAGUCAUUCAUUUUAUAAAUUCAGGGCAGCAUGGUGGCUUGGUGACUAGCACUGUUCAAUUUCCAGGUGGAGUGGUCUGGGUCCUUUCUGUAUGGAGUUUGCAUAUUCUCCCUGUGUCUGUGUUGGUUUCCUCCCACAGUCCAAAGACAUACAAGUGAGGUGAAUUGGAGAUACAAAAUUGUCCAUGACUGUUAUUGACAAUAAUAACAUGAACUGAUGAAUCUUGUGUAACCAGUAAUAAUCUGUCCUGCCAUAAAUGUAAUUAAGGUGUGUAAAACAUGACGUUAAAAUCCUAAUAAAUAAAUAAUAAAU